CACUAACUUUGUCAACCUUUGCUUUCCCUCCUCCGCUCCACAUGGACCAACAGCCACCUCCUUCCACUGCCCCUGCCACCACUUCUUCUACUGACCCGUCUCAACAGCAACCACAACCACCACUGCCGCCGAAGCCGGAGCAACCGCAAACGCCACAAUUUCAACAACAGCCAAGCCAACCCCCUCCCUCCACAACACCCUCAACGCUUCCCAGCCCUAACCUAAACCCGAAACCCCAACAGCCACCUCAGCCGAAGCCAACACUCCCCACUCCUCAGCCCCGACCUGCCGCCGCAUUCUCACGUUCCUGGCAACAGCAGCUUUCCCAGCUCACCAAUUCAUCAUCUUCUUCUUCUCCCUCGGUCACAUCGACCUCCACGCCAACUCUUUCCUAUUCUAGCCCUUCUCCUCCAUCUCCUUCGCAACCAGCUCCGUUUUCAGGUUCCUUUGGCCAUUCCUUCACCGGAGCUUCCAGUUCCAAUGUUUCCCGGUCAAGGCCGCCAAUGCAAGUAAUGGGAAUUGGAUCACAUUCUCAAAUGAGGCCACCUGGAAUUUCUGCUCAGCAUCAACAAAGGCCUCUACAAUCAUCUCUUAGACCACCUUCUUCGUCAAAUAGCCAAUCCCCUACUGCCCAAAAUUUCCAAGGGCAUGGUCCUAUGAGAGUGCCAGCUGUUGGUUCUUCAACACCAAGUACAUCACAAACUACACAAGUCCCUAAUCAGCCGUGGCUACCAUCGGGAUCACAAGGGAAACCUCCUCUGCCACCUCCUUCGUAUAGACCACAGAUUAAUUCACCAUCCUUGCAGCAAAGGUCACAUAUUGCUCAGCAACAUCAUUCCUUGUCAACAGUUCCGCAACAAAAGCAUGUAUCAUCUCCACAAUUAUCACAACCUACAUCGCUUCAACCGCAGGAGCAUUUCAGGCAACAAAUGUCACCUACAUCAAGGGCCCUUCAAUCUUUACCCCACCAACAAGCUUCGAGAGCCCAGGGUUCUAUAAAUCAAAAGCCUUUUUCUCUUGCAAUGGUACAAUCAAGCACGGUGCAGUUGGUGAACCAAAAUAAAGCGGCUCUUACAGAAAGUGACGAGUCUGGUGGCAAGAUUCUUAGCAAAAGAAGCAUUCAUGAUCUAGUUAAUCAGAUAGAUCCAUCUGAGAAGUUGGAUCCUGAAGUUGAAGAUAUUCUUGUGGAUAUUGCAGAAGACUUUGUGGAUUCUAUCACAACAUUUGGCUGCUCACUGGCUAAGCAUAGAAAAUCAGAUACAUUGGAAGCAAAAGACAUUCUGCUACAUCUUGAAAGAAACUGGAAUAUGACUCUACCCGGAUUUAUCGGUGAUGAGAUUAAGACUUAUAGAAAACCGCUUACGAAUGAGGUUCACAAAGAGCGGCUAGCAGCUAUAAAGAAAUCAAUCUUAGUUAGUGAUGCGCCCAGUGGGAAGCACUUUGUCGGCCCGGUUGGUGUAAAUGCAAAGGGUAACCUUGGAAAAGCAGCAGCUAAUAUCUUGGGCUCUCCCAAUGUAAAAAACCGAGAAGUGACAUGAGGCUCCUCUCCUGACAUUGUUGAACAUCUGAAACUAUUUUGCUUUAAAGAUGCAGGAUCAGGAUGAAUUGCUGGAGAAGAAUUAUCACAUAAAAUUGAUGGGCAUGACUUGAUUUGCUUGAUCUGGGGUGUUGAAAAAGUUGUAUUUGUACUUGAUCUAAUUCCUCCACAUCGGAGCUAAGUCGAGGGUUUUGUAAACUUUAACUAGUUGGUACACUACAACUCCCAUAUGUUGAUGUUUAUGUGCUGCAGAAGAAGAUAAUUGUAGGAAUUUGAUAA